AUGGCCAGCGGUGCCGGCUGGGGAGAGCACCACGUCCGGAUACGGCAAGCUCAUGACGGCGCCGGACGAGCAGGGAAGUCUGCUGCCCCGCCGCCACCAGAGAUGGUGCUGAAUCGCUUCGUUCGCUUUGUCGCGCUGAUCGAGAGGCUUGGCAACGCCCUGGGCACGCUGGCCUUCACCUGGGCGACUGUCGUGCUGCUCGGCGGCUACUCCAAAGAGCUCAGCUUGGAGGACAAUUUUUGGUAUGCGACAGUGAUUGUAUUCCUCGAAGCUACAAGGAUGUUCACCCGCAACAACAGAAUGGAUUACCAACUGUUCUUUAACACAAGGGGAGCUUUUAGACCUGUGGGCUGGAAUGGACUGGUUGCAGUACUAUGCCUUUUUGAUGUUUUCGUGAUCUUCUGGAAGGAAAAUUAUUUGUCUGAUAUGAUGCUUCUACUAUCGAUGGUAAUGAUAUUUGCAACUGCACGAUUCCUGUCUGGGCUGACACUGAACAUAUGCAAUCCGCUACGCCGUGCCACAUCACUUUGGAGCCCCUUGGUUGCAAUCCUACUGAUGGUUCCCCCUCUGUCCAACGAAGUUAUAGGCCCAUCGACCAGUUGGAUUGUAUUCACAGCACUACUUGUGCCAGUGCUAUUGGUAACAAUAAGCAGGCUACAGUUCACCAGAAUCGUCAAACUAGCGGAUAGUAUUCUUGGCAUCAAACAUGAAAUUUGGUGCCGAGUUGUUAUAAACUUGUGGAUGAUUGCUGCGCUAGGGAUACAGGUGUACAUGCUACACUUAGAUCCAUUCAUGGACAUGUCUAUUAUCAUGAUGGUCCAAGUGUGUGCCUUGGUGGUGGUGUCAUUUGGCAACUUCCAGGUUCCAGCAGCAGUGUUGCGUAUCUGCCUAGCAAGCUUGAGAUUACAGCAUAAGUACAAGGAUGAUGAACAGAACCUGGCAGCAUCUCUUAAAAUCUUCUAUUGGAUGGUGCUUGGACAAGGAAUCCUUUAUGUUGUGGCUUGCAUUCUCGAGUUCUUUUCUUUCAUCCCUCGGAGAUUCCUUGUCCAUUGUGGUGGGUUUAGAGGUUACUGGGGAUCUGUCGAUCUGUACUAUGCAUAUGCCCUAGAGAAAUGCAUGCAAGAAGGUGUGCUUGCUCCAAAGAAGAUCAGCCUGAGCAACUUUGCCAUGGAUUCUGUAAAUUUGGAUUCAUCCAAGAAUCAGCUCCACGGUAUUCGUUUGAUGCACAGCUUUCUGCAAUGGGAGCCAACCAAGGCACAACUACUUUCAACACUCACUACUUCUACCAAGACGGUGGCCAGAAUAAUCAGAAUGUUGGAUCGGACAAGUCCAAAGGAUACAGGUAUCAGAAUAUAUGCUGCGAUGGUCACCACUGAACUUGCAAAGAACCUUCGUGUGGUCACUAUCCCUGGUACAGUGCAGCUUGUAUCUGCACUUCUUGACACUGAUAUCAGACUGAAAAGAGGAAAUCCACUCCUAGACACAUACCAUGAACAAGAAGAAAUACAUGAUCCAGUUGUCAAUACAGAAGAUACCCAACAAGCAGCUGACAACCAAUUGCAGAAACGAAGCAAACUUCUGGUUCUGGACACCGAAAAUCUGAUGCAAACACAAACGAGCUCGACCCAACAAGUUGGCAUCUACAAAAAAAAGUCCUUCAUGCUCAGAUGCUGGCAGCGAUUUUCAGAAUUCUGGUCAAUGCCCAAGGAUCAGCUGCUCACAGACCACGAUCUUCUGCCUGCACUAGCCAUGUCAAUUAUAGACAGUCUUGCUAGCUGUGAUCAAGACAUUUGUGUGGAAAUCAGCAAAGCAGAUUACCUCAUUCCGAAGAUCAUCGGAUUCACAAGCUACAGAAGUGACACGAUGAAUACUGAGGCACAGCAGAAGAUCCUGCUGAAAUCAUCACUGAAGGUGCUGCAAAGGCUAACAAGCAUUGGUGGGGAAAUCGGCACAACACUGCGGUACAAGAUAUCAAAACAUCCCUUCCUAUUGAGUAACCUCUCAGACAUCCUUGGAGACAACAGCAGCAGCCAGGAAUCAAGGAAGUUGGUUGCGGAAAUCCUCAAAAACAUUGCCAUUGAUGAGAAAACGAGGCAGGACAUUGGUUGCGUCGAAGUGAUCAUUACCAAGCUGGUGCAGGCAUUUCUUUAUGCAGAAGGAACCAUGAAUACCAAUGCUGAUCACUUGCUGCGAAAGGUCGCCGGGCAAGCACUGGCCAUGCUGACAAUAGAAAGUGUCCAUAACUGCUUGGUUAUAUUGAAGGAACCAGAGUUGAUGAAGGAACUCAAAACUAUGAUCCUGAUCCAUGAUAAUAAGUACAUAUAUGUGGCGGCAAGUGUGUUGAGUAAUCUGAGCAUGCACGCUCGAUCCAAGCUCAAAGAGUCAGACCUGCAGGAGUUAUCUCAUACCUUACGAGAGGUGUUGGAAAGAAUAAUGGGCGCGGAUGGGGCAGAACUAGAGAUCUUGAUUGCACUUAGUUCACAGACAUGUAAAGUUAUUCCUGAAGAGUUCACGCGACAACUAGAUAAUGAUCCGAUUAAGCAGAGAUUUCUGAAGAGGCUUGUCGACAUACUGAAUGCAAAUAUGAAACCUAGCGCUCAUUGUCCUGGAAUCAGGAGGGUGAUACCUGAGCAAGUCAUACACUUGAUGGAGUGCAAUCCUCGCUAUGCAGAUUGCUUCAACGAAUUCAAGAUAAUUGAAGCACUAUCAAGGGUAGAACAAACAGUGUCAAAAGCUGAGAACUACAAGCUCUUCAUGGCUGAUGCAGGUUUCAUGGAGUACAGCACGCCUAUGUCUGCUCUUGUGGCAAGAGCAAAAGAGCUUAUGUCUCGUGACUGA